GAGAGAGAGUGACAGAGAGGCGAGGGACGGGGAAUGAGUAGGCAGAACGCGGAGAAAAGUCUCUUCACAAACUUUGGGAAAGUGGGAUAAAGUUGUUGUUUUCUUUUUUCGACAAGCAUACGCAGAGAAUAGAGGAGGUACGCUCGACUCUCUCACGCAACUCACACAACUUUUCCAGGCGAGUUCUAGGAGAAGAGGGAGACAGAGCUAAUCUAACAGCAGGAGAGAGAAUGAAGACUAGUUUUCAGAGCAGGUGGUGUGUGGUAUGGAGCUGCAUUCUUGCGGUCGUAACUUUGAUCAGAGCGGAGAAGCCGGUGGCCGGUCGUCGCUCCCGACAGGCACAGGAGGAGGAGGGGCUUGAGGGGGUGUGGAGCCCGUGGGGUGAGUGGACGGAGUGCUCUCAGAGCUGUGGUUUGGGGGUGUCCGAGAGACGGAGGAAAUGUUUGCCGCCUCCCCCCACUCCGCCACACACCUGGGCCGGACCCAGCUACCUGCUGCCGGGUAUUCCAAGCCACACACCUGUGAUCUCGGCCGUCCGACCCUAUCACCCCUCCCAUUACCCUGGCAGCGAGCCCCCACAGUAUGGAGGAGGAGGAGGAGGUGAGAGGCCACCGUUCUACCCUCCUCCUCCUCGCGUAGCCAAUGAGAUCCCUGGAUUACCACUUUAUCGGAAUGAGCCUGGAGGAUCCGGACCGGAACCGUCCAAUCAGGCGCCUCCUUUUUACCGCCCAGAAUUCCCAGCAUCCAGUCACAACCCUGUUUCUAUUUACCGAUCGCCACCCCUCCCCUCCUCUCCAGCCUCUUCCUCCCUGCCUUAUGGCCAAUCAGGAAGAGUCUUUAGACGGCCGCCCAAUCAGGGUGUAGGGAGAGCUGCAGGGGGCGGGAGCAGGAGGUCGGUGUCGGCCAGUCGGGAUCCUUCACACGCAAGGAGGUCUGGCUCCUCUAUUCGUCCGGGUCAGUUUGGCUACGGCAGAGUUCCCUUCUCUCUCCCCCUCCAUCGCACCAACAGGCACGCGCGGCACACCCGUCGUCAUGGAAAUGCCACCGUGGCAACCCCCGACACUAAGGUCGGCGGUCACGACCCCAGCCUGAGGGGGUCUGAGGACAGAGCGGAGGCAGAGGUAGAAAAGAGAGGCGAAGAGGAGAGAGAGGGGGCCAACAAACAGGAGGUCGGGGGAAAUGGGAGGACGAAGGAGGGAGCGAGAGGAGGACAGGAGAGGAUGGAGAGGGAGGACACCAAAUACGCGACAGAGUCGGGCAGCCCGGUCACAGAGGAGAGGAACGGAGGAGCGGAGAGAGAGAGAGACAGAACGAGAGAGAGGGCCCUUCACCACGGGGGGGCCACGCAAAGACACGGCCCGGCGCACGCGGGGCGUGGCCGUCACGUGGAACGACGUGCCCCGCCCCCCGUGGCCUCUCACCCUUACCCCUCCCCUCCUUUCCACACCCCCUACGCUCUCCCCGCAUCAGGGCCCCAAAGCCAACCUCACCCCCCACCCCCAAACCCCAACAUCUGGCCCUUACAGGGGGGCCCACACCCUCACAGACCCCAGCCCCUGCCUGCUGACAGAGGGGCCGACAGGGGGCCAGACAGGGGGGCCUGGAGCCGCCCCCAACCCUCCCAAAACUACAGGUGCUCUGGAAGAGACCGGGAGUAUCGUCGGUGCUUUGCACAGUCAUUCGGCGAGGGAGGAUUAAGGCGGGUCUCCGGGCUCAGUCAUAGCCGUGUAACCGACUUGACGAGAGCCGGACCGGACCUGUUUGCUUACUGA